AUGCUGGCCGCUAACGGCCGACAGCUGCCCCUCGCCCAAGCAUUGCCUUCGGUGCCACCCUUCCAGGACCCCUUCCCUCAAGGCGCCCUGUCCUCCCGGAGGGACGUCCCAGGACGCUCCAGGUGGGCGGUGGACGCCACGCAGGGAGACAGAAAGGAGAAAUUUAAAAAGCCUUCCUCCCGGCGAGCGGGAGGAAACGUCUCGGAGUGGGCGGAGGCGCAGCGGCCGCAGAAGCGGCACCGGCAGAGGCCCGGCGGCCAGAGCGCAGCGCGCGCGGAGCCGGGCGCCCGGAGCGGACACGACGCCGCGCGCCGGCCCGGCCCCCGCCCCCCGCCCGCGCGCCCGCGCCCCCGGCCCCGCCCCCCCACCCCAGGCUCGCGCCCCCCCGGCCCCGCGCGCCGCGCCGCGGCCUGA